AAAAAAAAAAAAAGAGUGACUUUGUUAUGUUCCACAUUAAAGGGCGGUGAUUUUCCAGAAAGGUAGAGAGAGAAAGACAGAUGAGAGGGGGAGUUUGAUUUGUAUAAAUAAAGAGUCCUUUGAAUCCUUUUUUUCCCUAUUUUUUCUUUUCUCUAUUACUUUCUUUCUCUCUCUUCUUUCCCCUUGAAAGCUGUCAAAAUAAAUCAUCUUUUUUUUUUUUAUAAAUGUUGAUUGAUAAUAACAGUAAUGGUUUAAUAACCAAAAAAUCCAUUGGUGAUAUCACAGUUGGGGAGAUACUUGAAUUAUAUAAACAUGAUACAGAUUUAUUAAAGCAUAUAUUAACAGCAAAAGCAGAAGAAGAUAAAAGAAGAGGUGCUGAAGAACUGAGAAGAGCAGAGGAAGCCAGGCUACAGUCAAAGUUUAUUGAUUUACAGUUGGACCAAAACCGUCGUGCAUCAUCUGUUAUUGAUGAUGCUUCACUUGGAGGUAUAUCAUCAAAUGAUUGGCUGUCAUCUUAUCCACCUCAAAGCGAUUUACUAUCACCCUUUCUGAAUAAUACGCCCCCUUCUCCUCAGUUACAACAGCCAUUGUCACCAUAUACCCUGUUUGAAGUACCAUUUGCUGAUUUGAAUCUAUCCGCUCCUUCUUCCCCAGAUAUACUUCCACACAAUAGCUCUAGUUCAAGCCUGGUGACUACCAUUCAUAAUAAUAGCAGUAGUAGUAAUAAUAAUAAUAAUUUUAAUGAAAACAAUAAAGAUGAACAACAACAACAACUACAGCAAGAAAAGAAGUGUGAGAUAAAUGAAGAGAAACAAGAAGCAAGGGCUUCAUGUAAGAGAACGUUAUCUAGAACGAGAUCAACAAGGAAACCAUCGAUAAAAGUGUUGUCUAAAAAGAAUCGUUCAUCUCAAGUACAUCCACAAGAACAACAGCAAAACAAUAAAGAUACUCCUCCAGAAGAGCCACUACCUUUGAACCACAACAAGGUCAUUGAAGCCUUGAGAGCUAAACUUCAACGAUCUACUCAACAACAAAAGGAACAAAAGAAUGUAAAAGAAGAGAUACCGAGCAUGUCUCCUUCAGGUAUCUUAUUACUCGACUUGAAGAAUCCAAAAAAGACGUUUCCUUUACGCGCCCCUCGCGCUUCACUUGUGAAAAAGCCUUCUUCUUUUAUUUCCGCUCAUAAACCCAAAGAAUCUUUGUAGAGAAAUUGAUCUCCCGUUUCAAGUACCCCCCAAAUCAUUCCCCCCUCUUCCGUUUUUUAUUGCAUAAUAAAAUUGUACUUCAAUUGAUUUGUAACCACUAUAAACAAUUCUCCGAGGCUUUCUCAGGGUUCGCUGAUAAAAGGCUUGUCUAAGGAAUCGCUUAUAACCAUGUUUGUAUAUGAAAGUUUGACAUUUAUUCAUAUUCUUACAAGUGAUAUUCACCGUUAUCUUUAUUUUUUUCUUUUUGCUCUCUGUGAGAACCAACAGCGACCACAAAAACCCAGUCAUUUCUUAUUCCAAUAAACUUUUACCCGCUUAAACAUCG